UUUGCUAGAGCUUUUAGUGAUAUUUUAUCUAUUGAUAAGAGCACUGAGGCAUGGAUUCCACAUCAGUUCCCGUACUCAUGGAUGGACUUGUUGCUUGUGUAGCCCAGUUAAUAAGAAUAGCUAAUGAGCUUUUACAAUUCAUUAUACAACAACAAGAAGUUCCUCAUGUAGAAGAAAAUGGUAGAGCAGAAGAGAUAGAAGCAGAUGCACCUCCUCCUGAGGAGGCUUCAGCACCAGAUCUCCCUAAUCUCUCAGACUUAGACUCAAUACUUACACCAACAGAGGAUGAAGACCUAAUGUUUGAUGUAGAUCAGGCUAUGUUAGAAAUGGAUAGCUUAUAUGAAGAUACAGUCUGUGAUAUAAAUGAUGACUUAACAAGUGGCUAAGAUCCAAUUUUCCCCCACCGGCAUGUGAAAACUGAUCAUUUCUCUGUUUUAAUAUAUUCUAUAUUCUUAUUUUCUGUAUAUUAGCAAUAUGUAUUUUCUCAUAAUUCUGCAUAUGUUCAUCAUUAAUAACCCAUAUAACAAGUAAGAUUUGGUUACUUCCAGCAAAGGCUGGUCUAUUUUCCUCUUUGUUGUUAUUCAAAAAAUUCUGGCUUUUGCCAUGUAGGUCUCCCUUUACCGGUACUUACUCUAAUGCUCAAAUUUCUGAUGACAGGAGCAAACAAUAGAAAAUAAAUUCCUUAUCUAACUAUGGAGUGGAGAAAAGAUGAACUCUAUCACAUCUUAGGACUAAUUUCUCUGGUCUACAAUGAAUGGAAAUCAAAUGGGAACUAUCCCCCAUCGUAGCAUUUACCGUAAAGUAAAUGAAUACAUUCACAUUAACAGGACAGUGUUGAGAUACUUUUAUUUGAAAUGAUAUAAUUCCUUACUUAUCCUAUAAGAGAGAAUGUGUCCAACAAAAAAUGCUAAAGUAGACUAAGGGAGGUAAUUUUAAAAGAGUACUAUCUACAGUAUAACAAAACUGCAGAAAGGUUUUUGAAUGACUGUUGCCAAGGAGAAAACUGCAAAAGCUGGGACCAAGAGUUCCAAUGCAAGACUGUUCUUGCAAAUUCUGACCACAUUGCAGCUACUUUACACUAUUAUUCUCCAAAUGGAAAUGGCACACUAUACCAAAUAACCGAAAAGAGAAAUAAUAGAAGGGCUAAGCAAAGCCCUACAAGGACUAUUCACCAAUGGAAAGACAAACACUCACCAUAUUAGCCUAGAUGUGGCCCAUAGUGGAUGUGGAUAAAAUAUAUCUUCUUCAAUAUAGCUGAACUUAUAAAGAAUAGUUAAUAGGCUUAUUACAGUGAAUCUGCUGCAGCCUCAACCUAGAAAUAGUUACUGUUCAGAGAUAGAAGCAAUAACGAAUUUAAAUAAAACAUGGGUUGGUAUUUAGCCACAAUAAUUUUGCAUAUGCCAGAAGGGGAAAAUGCAAUAGUUGAAGGACCCCCACAGCAAAACAGAGAGGGACCAAAUAAAUAUGCAGGAAAUUUACUGACCAUACCAAUUGCAUGCCAUACUGUACCCUCAUUUCUAUUUGUAAAAAUAGCUACCUUUCAGACAAGCCCAUGGACACUAUGGCCCUCCUUCCUAGAGAAUGACCAUUGCAUCUCAUGCCAUGGGCAAAAACUAGGUAAAGAUAUAAAGAUAUACCACUAGACAAUGUAUUACAUGCAAACUGCAAAGAAAUGACUUGUAGAAGGAAAUCCACACUGGUGGAAAUCAGAUUAUACCAAUUCAUAUAAAGACCUAAAGCAUAUUAUAGUCAAAAUAAUUAAAAUGACAUUUAACACAGAUGACUUCAGAGCUAACCUUUGAAAAUCAGAAUUUGUGGAACUAUUCAACAUAUUAAUAUGAGAACUUUCAAAAAUAGACUGCUAUGUGAAAGGAUUGAUAAAAGUAGAUGAGGAUUCAGGAGACUUAGAGGAGCA